GAACGCCAUCAAAAUAAAACCGAAUCAGUCACAACUUGAAGCCCAGUAGGUUGCAGUUUGAAGUGGAUUAGGGUUUAUCAAAGCAAGACAAGAGUGAAGCAAGAAGAGUUGGAGAAUGGGCGCACAGAAGAAAGGCGCCUCUAGGGCUUCAGAAGAGCCUGUGGAAUUGGCACACGUCCCUCUCCAAGCCAUCCUCCUUGCCGAUAGCUUCACCACCAAAUUCCGACCCAUCACACUCGAACGCCCCAAAGUGCUGUUGCCGUUGGUGAAUGCGCCGAUGAUCAGUUACACCUUGGCAUGGCUCGAGUCCGCCGGCGUUGAGGAGGUUUUUGUCUUCUGCUGUGCUCACUCCAAGCAGAUCAUCUCUUAUUUGGACAACUCCGAUUGGUUUUCUCAGCCUAACUUCACUGUCACCACUAUUGAGUCUCAUGAUUCUGUCAGUGCCGGCGAUGCUCUGCGCUUGAUAUAUGAGCGCAAUGUGAUACAUGGAGAUUUUGUCCUAAUCAGUGGGGAUACGGUGAGCAACAUGUCGCUUACUCAGGUGCUUCAAGAGCAUAAAGAGAGAAGAAAGAAAGAUAGUAAUGCUGUAAUGACAAUUGUUAUUAAACGGUCAAAGCCUUCUCAAAUCACUCACCAAUCUCGACUGGGCACUGAUGAGCUGUUUAUGGCAAUAGAUCCCAACACAAAGCAGCUCUUAUAUUAUGAGGACAAGGCAGACCAUGCAAAAGGAUCUAUAUAUCUUGAUAAGUUAUUGCUUGCUGAUAAAUCUUCGAUUUCUCUGCAUAAUGACAGACAGGAUUGCUUCAUUGACAUCUGCUCUCCUGAAGUCCUCAGCCUUUUCACAGACAAUUUUGACUAUCAACAUUUACGCCGUCAUUUUUUAAAGGGAUUGCUUGUUGAUGACAUUAUGGGUUACAAAAUAUUCACACAUGAAAUUCACUCGUCAUAUGCAGCUAGGAUAGACAACUUCAGAAGCUAUGAUACAAUCAGUAAGGACAUAAUUCAGAGAUGGACUUACCCAUUGGUUCCAGAUGUUAAGUUUUUCGGAGAUUCUUCAACAAAGCUGGAAAGGCAGGGGAUGUAUCGAGCCUCAGGAAUUGGGCAAUCACGAUCUGCACAGAUUGGUCCUUUUACAGUCAUUGGGAAUGGCACAGAGAUUGGGGACAACUCCAAAAUUUCAAAUUCUGUUAUUGGAGAAGGGUGUUCUAUUGGAUCAAAUGUUUCCAUAGAAGGUUCUUAUAUAUGGGAUAAUGUCACCAUUGAAGAUGGCUGCAAGCUAAGGCAUGCUAUAGUAUGUGAUGGAGUGAUAAUAAAGUCUGGGGCAGUUUUGGAACCGGGUGUAGUUUUGUGUUUCAAGGUUAUGAUAGGACAUCAAUUUAUUGUCCCUUCAUACUCAAAGGUAUCGUUACUUCAACAACCAAUAAAGCAAGAUAGUGAUGAGGAGCUAGAGUAUGCUGACAAUAGCACCGGGAUUGCAGAAAUUUCCCCUCUUACACAUGCACUGAAUAUAUCGAAUGGGGAAACAGCAAACAGACAACAGGAGACUCAGUGUUGGCCUACAUCUGAGCUUGGUACUGGUGGGGCUGGUUAUGUUUGGUCAGUUUGUGAAGGAGGCCAUGAUGAAGAGUGGAGGCAUUCAGUUGCUCCCAUUCCUGCAGAGAAACUUGCUGAGGUGAUACAAGCUGCAGAGGAUGAUCUGGAGUUUGCUCAAGAUGGCAGCAGUCUCCCACCUUCGGGAGAGUUGAAACUUGAUUCUAAUGAUUCUGAUUAUGAUGUAGAUUCUAGAGAUGAUUCCUACUUUGAAAAUGAGGUUGAAGCAACCUUCGUAAGAGCUGUGGAUGAAAAUAUUAAAGUAGAGAAUGUCAUCUUAGAAGUGAACUCACUGAGAUUGUCAUACAACAAGCAAACUGCAGACUGUGCUGGAGCUAUAUUUUAUUCAAUGAUGAAAUUGGCAUUAGAAACUUCACAUAGUUUAGCAGUUGACUUGGUCCAAGCUACUACGAAGAUAGAAGUGAUAAUGAAAUUUGAAGAUAUGUGUUUGGAGUCUGCAAAGGAGUUCUCCCCUGUGUUUGAAAAGAUACUCUAUCAGCUGUAUGACCAAGAAGUUAUACAGGAAGAGGCUAUUCUGAGGUGGGAUGAUGAAAAGACAUAUGCCGAUGAAUCAGACAAAAUUUUUGUUAAGCAGGCUGAAACAUUUAUCCAUUGGUUGAGGGAGGCAUCUGAAGAGGAGGACGAGUAAUACUAGGAAACAUUAAUUCAAUUGUAGGUUGUACUCAGUAGAUGCUGUUAACAGGGCAGGUCAGAUAUAAUUUGAACUUCGAACAGGUAUUUACAAUGUUGUAAGGUGAAAUGGGAAGGCCCGUUAUGUUGAUAAGCUC